AUGUUCCUUCUGGAGCUCAGUCACUUGUCAGCGCUGCUCACAGCGCUCAUGUCUGUGCUCUCCGCCCUGAUCUUGCUUGCCGUCUCCAGGCAACUGUGGACUUUCAGGUGGACCAUUAUGCGGGACAAGGAGUGCAAGUUCCCGCUACCCAAUGGAUCCAUGGGCUGGCCGCUGGUGGGAGAAACUUUCCACUGGCUGUUUCAGGGAUCCAACUUCCACAUCUCCAGGAGAGAGAAGCAUGGCAACGUUUUUAAAACUCACCUUUUAGGAAAGCCUGUUAUCCGGGUAACUGGUGCAGAAAACAUCCGUAAAAUCUUGCUUGGAGAACACAACUUGGUCUGUACGCAGUGGCCCCAGAGCACCCGGAUUAUCCUGGGACCAAACACCCUGGUCAACUCUAUCGGAGAGCUGCACAAGAAGAAGAGAAAAAUCUUAGCAAAAGUGUUUAGCCGCGGGGCCUUGGAGACUUACCUACCCCGCUUGCAAGAUAUUGUCAAGUCUGAAAUUGCAAAGUGGUGCUCGGAGCCUGGCCCAGUGGAUGUUUACGUCGCAGCCAAAUCUCUCACAUUUCGCAUUGCAGUCAGAGUCUUGUUGGGACUGAAGAUGGAGGAAAAACGCAUAGUAUACCUGUCUAAGAUCUUUGAGCAACUCAUGAACAACCUCUUCUCAUUACCAAUUGAUGCACCUAUGAGUGGCCUCCGCAAAGGAAUUAAAGCCAGGGAAAUCCUUCAUACGUGCAUGCAGAAAAUCAUAGAGGAGAAAAUGCAGAAACAACAGUCUGAGGAGUACUAUGACGCUUUCGAUUACAUGUUGAGCAGUGCCAAGGAAAACGGACAUGAACUGAGCAUGCAGGAGUUGAAGGAAACCGCGGUGGAGUUAAUAUUUGCUGCUCACUCAACUACGGCCAGUGCUUCCACUUCGCUUAUUCUUCAGCUCCUGCGGCACCCCGCUGUGGUGGAGAAAGCCCAGAUAGAGCUGGAGUCAGAGGGUCUCGGCUACGACGCACACAGCGCCCAGGGCUGCUCCGGAAAAGAAAAUGGUCUGAAUAUGGAGAAACUGAGCCAGCUCCGUUACAUUGACUGUGUCGUCAAGGAGGUGCUGCGGUUUCUCCCGCCAGUAUCUGGAGGAUACAGGACAGUGCUGCAAACAUUCGAAUUGGACGGCUACCAGAUCCCUAAAGGAUGGAGUGUGAUGUACAGCAUCCGAGACACACAUGAGACAGCUGCAGUGUUCCAGAGCCCUGAGAUCUUCGACCCAGACCGCUUCGGUUCCGAGCGUGAAGAGAGCAAGACUGGGCGCUUUAAUUACGUUCCAUUUGGUGGCGGAAUAAGGAGUUGUGUCGGAAAGGAACUUGCCCAAAUGAUAUUAAAAACCCUGGCCGUUGAAGUGAUUGGCACGUGCAAAUGGACCCUCGCCACGGAUACAUUCCCCAAGAUGCAGACGGUGCCAAUAGUCCAUCCCGUCAAUGGACUGCAUGUGCAUUUCAAUUACGAUAGCCUACUCCGAUAG